AUGAGUCAAAAAUUCAACUUCAAUAGUUUAUACAAGGACAUAAGUGAAGGAAAGACAAAGAGAAGAGGAAACACUCAAAAGACAGCUCCUAACUCUCAAUCAAGCUUAAAUGCCUUCAUGGAGAAAUAUACUUGGAGAGAGAAAAAUAAGAAGAAUAUUUCUAAUGUAAUCACACUUUCGGAUGACGAAAAGCCUAAGAAAAGGCAAAGAACAUCUAUUAAGAAGUUUAUCAAUAAAGGACAAAAGAAGAAUAAGACAAGCUCUGAGAAAAGUAAAAGGCUUGACUCUAGUACAAUUGAUUCUCAAAGUAGUGCGGCCAAAACAGAGAAUAAGUCGGAAAGUAAUAAGGAAGGAUCUACAAAUGACAUUGAUUACUACCAGUAUGCUUCCAUGAGAAGAGCAAGUGAAAAUCCAGAUCAACACAACCCAUCUGGCUCGAACUUCAACCCUUCACUCAAAGGCCAGAAGCGGAAGUUCAACAAAGGAGGCUACCUUGUCAGUGGCAGAAGGAAAACACACUUGUUUAGGUUUCCAAUGGUCAUUGAGACAAACCUUGUGUGAAGACAUCUCUUCAUGGAGAACGAGAGGUAUCUCACUUCCAACGUUGCGUUUAAGACUGUCCUAGAGCGAGACAAAGACAACAGACAUGACCGUAAUGCCAUAUUGGUUGCUGUUGUGCAGCAGCUGGGGAAUCUCCAAGAGAAAAAGCACUACUUCGGAUAUGUUCCCAAGGAUAUUGGAUACCACUUAGCUCCGAUCAUGGACUUGAACAGAGACUAUUACACUUUCAGUGCUCAGGCUGAUUUGCGUUCGAACAAGCUGACUAUCAGCAUUGACUUGGAAUCCAAGAUCUUGAGAGGACACCGAGAGUACGAUGUGAAGACAGGGUCUUAUGCAAUCAAAGACCUCCCAGGGAUGCCCAAGAAGCUGAAGACAUCGUUUAUGGCAUUGAAUAAACAAAACAAAAACUUAGACACAGGAAGUGAAUACAAGUGAGAGGACUCUGAAGAUUCGGAUAAGCCAAAUGAGACUGAUUUUCCUAAAAACAUUGCUGAUAUUCCAACUCCAGAUCUCAAAUGGCUUGGAGUCAAGGAUAAUGAUAUAAAGAGCAAUCUUAAAGAGGAAGAUAAUAGAUAUGUCAGAAACUUCAACCUUGUUCUUGAAACUAUUAAAGGUUAUGAUUUCUUGUUCGAUCAAAACGAAAUUGAAAUCAUCAAACGAUACAAAAAUUUAGGAUCCCUUGCUAAAAGCAUUUAUGUCAGAAUUUACUUUGACAACAAGAAUUGGUGGAGUUCUCUGGAACUAUUUAAAUUCAACAAGAACAAGCAAGCUGUCAUGAUGGCAAUUGGAGAGUUAAAAAGGAAUGCAUUUAUAAGAGACUUCAACGAAGUUGUAGAAAAACUGGAUUAUGAAAGGAUAUCCGAUGCAAUUCAAAGCUUAAAUCCUAAUCAACUUAAAAAAUUUGAUAUUGAAGUGAACCGAGCACUAAGAACAGCUCCAAAAGUUGAUCUUGGUUUAGAUGAGACUCAGCAUAAUCCAUUUUAUCAAUUCAAGCAUGCUGCUGAAGGAAAAUUAAGAUCUUUAGCUGUCAGUGUGAGCAAGAAAUUUAGUGAGUGAAUAAGAGCAAUUGUUGAAGACUGCAAAAAGGAACGCAGAAAAGUCCUCCCAUUUCCCAAUUUUUCUUACUCUAAUAAACCAGACAUCAUUUCCAAAAUACUAGGUAAAAUUCACUACAUGGAAGAGUCUGGUCAGAAAAUACUCAAAAAGAAAGAUGUAGUCAAGAACACCAACCUUCAUCAGUUCUUCAAGAUGAAGGAUGAAACCCCCAAAGACGAAGCCUCCAAGAUGGAUCAAAGAGUCAAGCUCAGAGGUGAAGUGUGCAGAGCGUUCUUCAACGCCAACGAAGGAGCAGGCAUUUCAUGUAAUGAAGUUAUCAAGGGGUUCUUCCAGAGAUGUCUGAGACUCUUUUUCUUCUACAGUUCAGACGACACCUACGAGCAGCUGAUGCUGAACGACUACGGAUUCUACACAUUUGUAAGGAACAGGAACUAUCUGAUGAACAAGGAUGAAAACCUGCUCUACCUCAAACCCAUUUUCGAGGAGAGACAACAAUGGAUAGAUUUUGACGAUGCGGCUCUUCUAAAAAUAUGUAUCGAAGAAAUGCUGAACAUGAGGAUUCGAAGGAAGGAUUUAGUCGCAGAUGUAGUGGAACAUGUGUGAAAGUACUUGUUAGACCAGGCUGGUUUGGGGUAUGAUGAACAUAGUAAAGGAGUCGUGUUGUCAGAUUGAUUGGGAGAGUUGUUUGAAGUUUGGAAGGAGAAAGUAUGAGAAUUUGAGGAAGAGGAAAGAAGAAAAUCAAUUUAAAUCAGGCUCUCAGAAAGAGAAAUUAUCUCCAGAUGAAUCUCAGCAGACAAACUUAGAACUCUCUCAAAAGACAGAUGACCUUUCUGUUGAAGAAAGCCCAUCGAUCUUCGAGCCUUUUAAAUUAAAUAACCCAGUUUUUGGAGACACAGCCUACGAUGACCUUGAACUUCAGAAGAAAGGGCAAGAACUUGAAGAGCUACUUGAAGACCAUCAAUCGCAAGAACUUGGGGGAAAUAACAUUGAUAAUUACAAAGUCAUCGCUAAUUUCCUUGAGAGGUUUCGUAAAGAGUACAUGUACACCAUAAUCAUGGCUGAUUUCUUUAAGUACCUUGAGAAAGGCAAGAGAUAUGAUGUCUGCCUUAUUGUCAUGUCUCAAAUCUUACUCUCUGACAAACUAGAAGAUAGAAGAGGAUAUUGGUGGUUUAGAUUUAUAAUGAAUCUCAAACAUCUGAAAUGGAAACAAGAAGCAUUUGAUGUAUGAGAAAUAGCUUUAAAAGACCCAGAAACCAGAACUGCCAACAGAAACAGAAUUCUCAAAAUCAGACUCAAGGCAUUUGAAGAUCUUCACAAGAUAAAGAAGCCUAAAGGCAAAGGUAGAAAGAGAGGUAGAAAACUUGCUGGAACAGGUUCUAUCAAUAGUUCUCAGGCAUCAACAAAGAGCGGCACUAAAGCCAACAAGAGAACCAACAAAACCCAACAGAAGUACAAAAAUGCUGAGAGACCUGACUUCAUCGGAGAUGACAUUCUUGGUGACCUCGACAACGACUGAGACGACGAGAAAGAAAUGGACCAGUAUCUCAACGAAAUUGAAAAGCAACGACAAGACUUCAGCAAGCUCAAGUCCAAACUUGACAAAGCCUUCAAGGGGGAACGAGAUGGGACUGAUGAAGGGUCGGAACUGCAAUCUCAGAGCAGCUUCAUGACAGACUGUUCACUGCUGUACAACAAUGACUAUGACGACCGUGACCCUUCUGAGAUCCUUAUCGAGCAAGAACGCAAGAAAACACUAGACUUGCUGAUAAAGUCAUCCGAUGUGUUCUAUGAUAAAGAUUAUUACUCUGAGCGCCACAUCCGAGGAAGACGAGCUUACACUGGCCAGCAGCUCAGAAUCGUGUACAUGGACUCGGAGGGCACUGAGUUCGUAACUGUGGAAAACCUUGCGCUCAAGUUCUAUGGCAAGCAAGGCUGGUAUGGUUUGCAUGUUGAAAACACUUUGUUCAAGACAUUCUAUGGGCUGUUGUUCUGGGACCAGAUUUACUUUGAGAAAGUGCCUUAUGUGUACCAGACUCCGUAUCACUUUGGACCGCUUGACUUUGGACUGAGAGAAUUCUACCAGUCACGUAAAAGUAUCUUUGACGACAGACUCAAAGUAAUCGAGAACAUCAAGGCAGAAGAUUUGAGGAAAGAAAUUGAAGAUUCUUACGAUAGACACUUGCACACUCACAAUGUGCUGAUCAACUGGGACUCAGUCAAACUGACCAGAGAGAGGCUAGCCAGUGUCAGUGUGUGUUUGGGCGGGAAAAUAAUUUCUAAGAUUGUUAAGAAAUACUUAGAAGAUUUUAAAACUUGGAGAGUUGGAAUGCCUGACCUUGUUCUUUGGAAAGACGAAACCAGAGAGUCUAUGUUUGUAGAAGUAAAAUCAGAAACAGACACAGUGGCAGAGCAUCAGAAAUGAUGGAUCUCAUUCUUGACUCAAUGCAAACAGAAAGUUGAAGUCUGUUUCGUCAACGACAAAGUAGACGGAGUAGAUGUUUUCUAAUAAAUUCUUCCCUAAACAAUUUUUCAAUAAACCCAUGUUUUGAU